CAAACCGCCGCCUCGUUCCCUUGCGCCGCGGGAGCCGGCCCACGCGAAGCAACCUGGUCUGAAACAAUUCCUCCCGAGCGGCAUUCUUCUCCUGUUUGCUACCGGCCCUAUACGAGUGUUUAUUUUCUGAUACCGGUUUCUAUCCGGACUGUGUAACUAGUGAUUAUUGCUUCUGUGCAGAUAACACUCGUUCAUGCGAGAUGGCUUGGUCCUAUUCUAGAGGAUCUGAAGGCUGCAAAAGAUCCUGAUUUGCAUCUCUCCUGACCUUCGGCACGACACAGACUGGACAAAAUCACUAGCUAACCCAUGAGCCGAGCCCACAGCUUCCAAGUAAGUCCACGGUAUGCGAGAAGAUCAUGGAGCUGCUGGGCCAGAACGAGGUGGACCAUCGUCAGCGCAAGGUGGUCAUUCUCAGCCAGGACCGCUUCUACAAGGUCCUCACCGCCGACCAGAAAGCCAAGGCGCUGAAGGGGCAGUACAACUUCGAUCACCCAGACGCGUUUGACAACGACUUGAUGCACAUGACUCUGACGCAUAUCGUGGAAGGGAAAACCGUGGAGGUGCCCACCUAUGAUUUUGUGACCCAUUCCAGGUUGCCGGAGACCACGGUGGUAUAUCCUGCCGAUGUGGUGCUGUUUGAGGGCAUCCUGGUCUUCUACAACCAGGACAUCCGCGAUAUGUUCCACCUCCGCCUCUUUGUCGACACUGACUCGGAUGUCAGGCUGUCCCGCCGAGUGCUGCGGGACAUGAAGCGUGGCCGGGACCUGGAGCAGAUCCUUACCCAGUACACCACCUUUGUCAAGCCUGCCUUCGAGGAGUUCUGCCUGCCGACAAAGAAGUACGCUGAUGUGAUUAUCCCCCGAGGAGUGGACAACAUGGUUGCUAUCAACCUCAUUGUGCAGCACAUCCAGGACAUCCUGAACGGCGACAUCUGCAAGUGGCAGCGAGGGGCAGUGAAUGGGCAUGGCCGGACGUACAAGCGGCCGUUCCCCGAGCAGGCCGAGAGCAGCAGUGUGCUGGCCCCCGGCAAGCGCUCUCACCUGGAGUCCAGCAGCCGCCCGCACUAACCCUGUGGGAGCCCGGAAGCUGCCUAUGUUCCAGACCAACGCUGAAGACAACUUGGGAGAAACAAA